AUGAGAGUGUUGCUUGGAUUCCUUGAAGCUCUUGUGCUUGAGUCGUCACAGUUAUUGCUGCCUUUGUGUAAAGCGAUUCAUUCAUUUUUAGAGUUGCAGCAGGCUACUUAUUUACACGUUUGUGAAUAUUUUUGCUCACGGGUGUGGUGUUUGGAUGCAGGGUUUCAGGUGUGCCAUUCAUUGGGAGGAGGAACAGGGUCUGGAAUGGGGACCUUGUUGAUUUCAAAAAUAAGGGAGGAGUAUCCCGACAGGAUGAUGCUGACAUUCUCAGUUUUCCCAUCUCCCAAGGUUUCCGAUACUGUUGUGGAGCCUUACAACGCUACAUUGUCUGUUCAUCAGCUUGUAGAGAAUGCUGAUGAAUGUAUGGUUCUUGACAACGAGGCCCUUUAUGACAUUUGCUUCAGGACGCUGAAGCUUACGACUCCCAGCUUUGGUGAUCUGAACCAUCUGAUAUCUGCAACCAUGUCUGGAGUUACCUGUUGCUUGAGAUUUCCCGGCCAGCUCAACUCUGAUCUCCGUAAACUUGCUGUAAAUCUCAUUCCAUUUCCUCGUCUCCACUUCUUCAUGGUGGGAUUUGCUCCUCUCACCUCACGUGGGUCUCAGCAAUACCGGUCUCUAACAGUUCCAGAGCUUACUCAACAAAUGUGGGAUUCAAAGAACAUGAUGUGCGCUGCUGAUCCUCGCCAUGGUCGUUAUUUGACAGCUUCUGCUAUGUUCCGUGGAAAGAUGAGCACAAAGGAAGUUGAUGAGCAGAUGUUGAAUGUCCAGAACAAAAACUCUUCGUACUUUGUCGAGUGGAUUCCUAAUAAUGUGAAAUCAACUUGUUGUGACAUUCCUCCAGUUGGAUUAAAGAUGGCAUCGACAUUCAUUGGAAACUCGACAUCAAUUCAAGAAAUGUUCCGCAGGGUUAGUGAACAGUUCACGGCCAUGUUUAGAAGGAAGGCUUUCUUGCAUUGGUAUACUGGUGAAGGAAUGGAUGAGAUGGAGUUUACUGAAGCUGAGAGUAAUAUGAAUGACCUGGUGGCGGAAUAUCAACAGUACCAAGAUGCAACAGCCGACGAGGAGGGCGAGUAUGACGAUGAAGAAGAAGUGUAUGAUGAAUGAUGAUUGGUGAUGGAAACUAGCAGAUUUCCAUAGUGUAGUACUGUGGUUGUAACCUCAACUACCAGAUUUCCAUAUUGUAGUGAGAAAUUAGCAUUGAUAUUUGCAGAACAAUUUAUGUCACCAGCUAUUUACUUCGUCAGUUUCUUUGAACUGCAAUUUUAAAUAUCAAUCAAGAAAUAAUUUGAAACGUGCUUCUGCA